CUCUCAUGUAAGAGGGAGAGAAGAGAAAUGAUGGCUGUCGCUGCAUGUGCGUGUUUCUAAUUGUUCGCUUCCAUUGAAUUCAAAGCAGAGGCCUGGCCUAAGUUAGCAACAAAAAUUCGUUCAUUGCUUUAUGGUUUACGUUUUUUGUCUUGGAAGCGUUCGACUCUUUCAAUAGCCUGGAAAUGGCCAAGGAGCAAGAUUACGAGGAGUUGCGCGAACUGCUCCAGUCAUGGGAUGCUGCCGAGCUCCUCCCACACUUGCAAGAGGCAGCCAUCAACGUGGACGAACUGCAGAUGAUGAAGCGACACCACCUGACCAAACUUCUGAGCAGCUUUCGUUUGGGCACGUGCAUACGCUUCGAGCAUCACCUGGAGCGCUGGCGCCAAGGCCUGAACGUUCCCCUCCAGGGCGUUCAUGCAGAGACGCACUGCCAGGGUUGUCGGUGCGCGACAAGCCAACCCCAGUCUGACUGCGCCGGGGACAGUGGCAAGUCCGGUAAUCUGCUGGCUGAGCUACUGCUACAAUCCACCAGUCAACCUGAGUUGGAGCUAGACACCAACGCGAAGGAGCAGGGUGGCGGCGAGGAGAAGCAGAAGCCAGGUGCGGUUACAGUGCUCGGCAUUCUAAAGGGCCACAGCCUAAGAGGCCAGUCGCUGCUCGAUAUCAUGGGUCAGCAAGAGAAGCCCCUGGAUGGAGUGCAGCGGCAGCUGCUCAUCCAGCUGAUUUGCAGCCACUAUAUAGACAAUGAUCUGCACCUGACGCUGACGCACAGCCACCAACUGGAGCGGGAGAUCAUGCAGCUCUUUCCCAAGGAACAGAUGCACCAUUACCGCACCGAGCGGCGUGGCAAGAUCUAUGUGCGGUUCACCAACAUGAAGCGAAAAAAGAGGCACAACUCUUCCCACCAGUAGCCGAAGCGUAGGCGUCAGAGCACCGGAGAAGGAAAAUCGUUUGAGAGACUAUAUUUGAGACUAUAAACAUCUUUAUUGAUUCGGAGAUUAACAAUAUAUGUGUGGAUAUUUGUAGAUUGUGACCGGAGGGGUGGAUAUGUUACCCGGGCCAGAGCGAGUAUUCGUAAUCGUAAAGUCUAGU